CUAAAAUCCCUCUCGCAGGUGGAAAAAGUUUGUGAGAGGUAAAGGUAGCAUCUGAUGUUACUGAUCUUACUAAAUAUAAAGAGUAGAGUCUGGUAGGAUUUAUAAGACAGCUGCAUCUAAACCAAACAGAGCUUAGAAGAAAUCAAAACUAAACCAGGAGCUCAGAAAACAAGAGACAGGCAUCUCAGAUGAGAACAUGAGUGGAAACACAGAGAAGCCAGAGAAGGAAGAAGACAGCCAGAACAAGUCAUGUCAAAUAGAAACCGAGACACUGCUGGACAGACUUCAUCUUCAAGGCAAAAUUCAACAAAAGUUGUCACCAGCAGAUUUUCUUCAAAUAGGUCCACCUGUGAAAUGGUACCACGUAGAAUCUGAGAAAGAUCUAGCUCACACUUUCCUCCAUAGGCUGAUAAUGUUGGACUACAGGGCCAGAUAUAUUUCUGUAAGAUCAAGCUGUCAGAUCAAGGAGUCGUUCAAAGCCUCCUCCAGUGACUGGGAUGUUUUUGUGAGCAGCAGUGUGGAAACUCAUAAGAAAGAGCAGACUUCUGUGCAUCCAAUGGACGUUCAGAUGGCAGUAUUUCACUGCUCAGACAGCUUCCUGAAACAGAUGAUGGUUACAAAGCUCUCUCAGUGUCAGUAUGCCUUACCUUUACUUGUUCCUGACCCAGUCACAAAGGAGAUUCAGUUUCCUCUGUGGACUUUCAGAGAAAUAACAAAAACCUGGAAGGUAACUCAAAUCAAAGAUGACUCAACGAUUGUCACCAUGAAGAGUGUUCCAGUCUACAAAGCUGAAACACCCUUGGUGUCAUUUUUCCGUCUGGGUUCUUUGUCAGUGUCUAAAUCUCAGCUGAUGAAGACUUUGAUCAAUGACGGUCACGACACCUUCUUCCACAGAAACUGCCCAGGAAGCACCAAGUCUCGCUAUCUGAUGGACGGUGUGGCAGAGAUUGCCUGGUACUGCCCUGCUGGAAAACCCAAUGAUGCCUUCAAUGACUGCAUUGCCUUUUGUAAUCUCCAUGGUGAUGCUCUGUUGAUUGAAAAACAGCGUGACAUACUGAUUGAAAAAUCCUCCAUCAAUAUUUUUGUAUUGGCAUCUCUGCAAAGCAAUGAAGAAAGUCGAUCAUUUAUAUCAUCUCUUUUUAAGUCUCAUAAGCCUCUCAUUUGUUUAACUGUUGAUGGCAGCUGUGAUGCUGUUAAGACAAAAAAGGGAAAGUACAUAAUGGGCCUCAAAGACAAAAGCCAGCCAGAUGUAUCUGAACAGCUGAAAAAGAUCAUUAGAGAAGUUUUGUCUUCUCUCAAUGGUCCCAUCUUGAAACCAUCCUUCCAGCUUGAAACCAUGGCUGAGCUCUCUGGAAUCAGAGUGGAUGAAACUGACCCAGCCUGUCAAAGAGGGAAAUUUGCUGCUAUGGAAAUAAUAAAUCUGCUUACAAAGGAUAACAUGGAUGUCUCCAAGAUCAAAGAUGAAUUUCUCCCAUGUCAAGGCCAACUGUGGCAUCAGUGGAGCAAAAUACACAAAGAACUGUUUCAUCUCAGAGGAAACAUUGAAAAGGAGAAAAGUCAAAAGCAACAAGAACUGAUGAACAUACGUCAGAAACAAUGUGCUGUUUCCUGCAGUAAACUGAUGGAGUUGUUCACUGGAAGUCUCUCAUCAUUGCCACAAACAGACAGAGAGUAUUUCCUAAAAUGGACUCAGAUCUUCAUAGAUGCCCUCUGCACUGAUGAUCUUUCUUCAAUUCUCCAAAGUUAUGAUAAAAAGUGGUCUGAGGUCUUGGCUUUGAAGAACAAAUGGGACAAAUCAGAUCUGUUAUUAAGAAAACAAACUGAACUUGAAGACAUAUCAAAAAAACUUCAGUCUGCAACUUUUGGUUUGGAGCACAUCUUCAGAGAAAUGGGACAGAUCUAUGAAGCCCAUAAAACAACACACAGAGAGAGCAGACACACUGACUGGUCUGAAUACCCUGAGCUGGCUGCACAGCUGAUGAUAUCAGGACACCCGAUGGAGCUGAUGGAUGGUGAUGCAGGUCAUGUGCCUUUAACAUGGAUCUCCAGUCUUUUAGAAGAAGUCAUCAAGAAACUGGGGGACCAGAGAGUUUUUGUGUUGUCAGUUUUGGGCCUACAAAGCAGUGGAAAAUCAACAAUGCUGAACACCAUGUUUGGGCUGCAGUUUGCAGUGAGUGCUGGCAGGUGCACCAAAGGUGCCUUCAUGCAGCUGCUCAAAGUAUCAGAGGAGAUGAAGAAAGACUUGAAGUUUGACUAUGUUCUAGUGGUGGACACUGGAGGACUGCGUGCUCUUGAGGUAGAAGGUAACAACACUCUUCAUCAUGACAAUGAACUGGCAACACUUGUUGUUGGUCUGGGGAACCUGACACUGAUCAACAUCUUUGGAGAGAAUCCAUCUGAGAUGCUGGACAUUCUGCAGAUUGUUGUUCAGGCUUUCAUGAGGAUGAAGAAAGGUAAACUUUCUCCCAGUUGUUUGUUUGUUCACCAGAAUGUCACAGAUGUUGCAGCAGCAGAGAAAAACAUGGAUGGAAAGAGACGCCUGCAGGAAAAACUGGACCAGAUGGCCAAACUAGCAGCUGAAGAGGAAGUUUGUAAUGCAGAGUGCUUCAGUGAUGUCAUUGAAUUUGAUGUUCAGAAAGAUGUGAAAUACUGUGCCCAGCUGUGGGAGGGCAGUCCACCCAUGGCUCCUCCAAAUCCAGGUUACAGUGAGAGCAUCCAGGAAGUGAAGAACACCAUCCUCUCUAAAGCUUCAAAGUCUGCUGGGAUCACUCUCUCACAGCUCAAAACAAACAUCCAGGACCUGUGGACUGCACUGCUGAAUGAAAGUUUUGUUUUCAGUUUUAAAAACACACUUGAAAUUGCAGUGUACAGAAAACUGGAAGUCCAGUAUGGGAACUGGACCUGGAGCCUGAGGAGCAUCAUGUUGAGCAUUGAAAACCAACUUCAUAACAGAAUUGAAAACGGAAAACUUGAUGAGGUUGAGUCUAGUUAUCUUAUUGAAGAAACAAGACCAAAAUAUGCAGAGGUCACAGAAGCAAUGACAAAAUACUUUGAGGAUGAGACGGAGAAAGAGAUCUUAGCUCAGUGGAGAGGACGAUUUGAAAUCAAAAUUAAAGAAUUUCAUAAUGAACAAGUGAACAGAGUAAAAAGAAAAUUGGAUGGCGUUAUCCAGCAGAAGAAAGGUCGUAAAAUGAUGGAUGAUAAGAAAUCAGAGUUUGAGAACAAACUUCUACAGAAGAGCAAAGAGCUCGCUCUGAAACUGAAGGAUAAGGCCAAAGAUGAAGAAGAGCUUCAAAGACAGUUCAACUCUGUUUGGAGCGGCUGGGUUACUGAAUUAACAGCAGAUACAAAACGUGUUGAAGACAUCAACUUGGAACACGAUCAGUUUACAAUCCUUCAAGAACUUGGUUUUGAAUUAUCUCUCAUAGAUGAAUGUAAAAGAAGUGGCAGAUACAAGAGAAUAUCAGAGGUUGGUGAUUAUUCAGAAUAUAUAAACGCAAGUGAACAAAAAUAUCUGGGAACAAUGAUUGAUGCUUUUCAAAAAUAUGCAUUAGUAGAUGCUUUCUCUGAUAAAGAACAACAACAGAUCAGAUUGCUUAUUAUUAAAGCUGAAAAAGAGUCACUUGAUAUAAUCCAAAGCAAACCUUUAGAUACAAGAGGCUACACAUCAACUUACUUGUGUGAAGUGGCCAAUCAUGUGACAGAAAAAGUUCAGAAAUUUCUGUCAGAGAAGAAAUACACUUUGAGGAAGGAGUUUACAGUUGAUCUCUUGCUUCAUGUGUUCUACAGGGCAGAAUGUUGGAUUCUGGAGUCCCACAAAAAAUUCAAAAUGAAUAAUGAUGCAAUCAUUUAUUUAGAAAGCAAGAAAACACAGUUUUACACAGUUUUUAGAAGCUUUUGUAAAGGAAACUGAUCUGCUGUUGUGUUUGGAGAACUGAUCUGUGAGAAGCUGAAAGCAUCUACUCUUGAGGCUGUCUGUAACAAGACUGCCAUUGAUCUUGCUGGAAAGAUGAGGUGUAAUUUCCCAGCAUUCAAUGGGAACAGACUGAACUUGGAGAAACAUGUGUUGAAGUCACUCGCUGAGAAAGAAAAAUUUGAUGAUUUCAUCACAUACAUCACAAAUCCAAGGACACAAACAGAAGCUUUCAUUAAAGCAGAGGUUGAGAAGUACAUCUUCAAAGAUCACAAAGAUGAAGCUGUGAAUGUACUCAAGACCAAUAUUGAUGACAUCAAAACACGCGUGGGUGAAGCACUAUUUACUGCAACAAAAAAGGUCCAAACCUCAAAAGAAGGAGACACCGAUAUGUGGCUGAAUGAAUUUUCUAAUGUCAUAAAGGAUGAGCUGACAUUUGAUAACAUUUGUUCAGAAAACUUCAGUGACAUAAAUAACUUUGAAUUUCUUAAGGAAGAGAUAAAAAAAGGAUUUACAUCCAUCACUGAGGAGAUGAGCAGCCUCUCCCUGGAUAAGCUGAAGGACUCCAGGCAGAAGUCUGAUGAAAUCCUCAUUAAUCAGCUGUGUAACUGCUGCUGGGUGAAGUGUCCAUUCUGUGCAGCUGUUUGUACCAACACCAUUGAAGAUCACAGUCCUGAUGACCACAGCGCCCCUUUCCAUCAACCUCGUGCAGUUGCUGGGGGGAAGUGGAGAAACACAAAUGAAAUGUGCAUUGAUUUCUGCACAACACUUGUUGGAAGUGAUCUUUAUUUUUACCUUGAAAGUUCAGAUAGAAGUGUUCCCUAUAAAAACUAUAGAGAUGGUGGCCCAGAUUUUGCAACCUGGAGAAUCACCUCUGAUGAGUCAAAACUGGCAUACUGGAAAUGGUUUGUUUGUCAUUACAAAAAGGAACUAGAAAGUCACUAUAAAAGAGAAUUCAAGGGCAAAGGAAAGAUUCCUGAUGACUGGAAAACUAUUAAAAAAGAUGAUGCUAUUAAAAGUCUGGAUGAAAUGAGUGAAACAAACUGAAGCCUGAGAUGCUGUCUUUGCCUGAUAAAUGAGGAAAGACAGUUAACCAUUACUUGAAGGUUUAUUUAACUAGUACAGACAUACAUACAGACAAAUGAGCAAAACAACAAGAGUCGUAAUUCAAAAUCACCAUGAUAAUUUGUGGAUUUGUAGAAAGUGUAGAUAAACAAACAGAAAAAAAACUUGCAGUAGGUGAAGUUAAAUGUAUGAUCUAAGUUUAGAGUAUUUGUCUAAAUCUAUGAAAUAGAUCAAGUUUAAAAGUCACUCUUACUGAAAUGGUAUCUUACAGUAAAAUGAAAAAGAACAUCCAGCUAAAACAAACAGUUUCUGAAUAAAUAACAUAUACAUUUUCCCUUUUUUUGUUUUAGAUUGUUGCUCAUACAGUUGUAAAUGAAAAGAUUAUGUAGUUUUUGAUAAAUUUUUUCUUCCAACAUACAAGAAAAAUGUACAUUUUGGGUGUACCAAAGAGUAUAUUUUCACCCAUUUAAGUUUGUGAUGUGUAUUCUUUCAGUCUGACGUUUGAUUUGACAACAAAUUUUAUUAACGAUACUUCUGUAUAUUAAUCAAGUUGCACAAUUACAUUUCUGUAGCUCCAUAAAUAGUUCAUGGUUUUGUUUACCUGAAAACAUUUUUAGGAAAAUGUAAUUGAAUAAAAUUACAUUUUGAUGAGUAGUUUCAGAAAAUUGCUUCUGAAAUGCAUUUGAUUUGUCCUUGUAAUUCUCAUGUGGUGAAUCAAUAUUAAUAGUGUUUUAAUGAGAGAGGGGUUUUUUUUAUUUAUAGAUUUAGAAGAAAAUUUGGUGAUAAAUUAUCUGAAAUGAAUAUUGGUUAUUAAUGUGGAA